AUGCCCAGACGACCGGCCUGGCGCUGCCCGAGCCUGAGCCGAGAGCAGAGGCCGCGGGCGCCGUCAUUCGCACGGGGGGGCCGCCGUUCAUGUUCCAGACGGCCGCGCGUCGGAACUCGAGGAGAUGCAGGGCGCCCACGAGGGGCUCCAGGCCGAGAGCGCGGCCUUGCGGCGGGCGCUGGACACUGCGCGGGAGUCCCAGGAGCCGAGGGGCCAAAGGAGCUGGAGGCCUCGCUCCGCGGGCAGCUCCUCGAAGCGCGGGCCGCGGGCGCGCGGCAGGCCGCGGAGCUCGAGGAGCUGCGCGGACGCCUGAGCCAGGCCGAGCAGCACGCGGGCGGAGAGAGCGGCAGGUUGGACUCGCACCUCGGGAGCUUGAGGGCCGAGAUGGACACGCUGAGCGGGGAGGUGGAGAGGUUGCGCUGCGAGGGUGCGGUGCUGCAGGACGAGAACGACGUGCUGAAGCGCGAGCACGCCGCCGUGGUGGCCGAGCGCAGGGCUCUCGGUGACAUGCUGGAGGAGGCGCUGAGGCUCAGGGUCGCCGACGCGGCGCGCCUGGACGCGUCCGUGGAGGAGGCCCGCCGUGUGGCCGCGGAGGCCCACCGCGCGGAGCUGGACAGGCAGGCCGCCGAGCUGGACGCCGCGAGGGGCCUCGCGAGGGAGCUCGGCCUGAAAGUCGAGCGGCUGGAGGCGGCGCUGAAGGGCGACGCGGCAGCCUUGCGUGAGCGGAAGGACCAUAUCGAGGAGGAGCCAGACUAUGUCAUGCAGCGCCGCGAGUCGGAGAGCAGCUUGGAGCAUGCCGCGGGCGCCCACAAGACGCUUCAGCGAGAGGUCGAGCUGCUGAGGGGCCAGCUGCUCUCGCAGUCGUACGAGGCCUUCCAGUCGCGGCGUAAGGCGGAGGAGGACAAGCAGCGGCUGAUUGGCGCGAAGCUGGUAGAUGCCAUCAAUCAGAGGGUGCAGCUGCACAUCUGUGUGCCGAAGACCUCCGUGACAUACAACAACGCCCCGCCCUUCGUCGCGAACGUGGCGGACGGCCUGAGCCCAGAGCGGAUUAAGCAGUUUUUGGAGCGCGAGGUGUUCCCGCACUUUGAGCCGCUUUGGGCGCGGUUGGACGGCCUGGAUCUCGGCCCCGACGAUUCGAGCAAGAAGACGUACUCCAGGAAAAUGCUCGGCCGGCUGACAGACGCAGUGCAGGCCUACAUCCGCAAGGCCCAGCUCUCCCCCGCCGAUGCCUCCCAGAUCGACGAGGGCGGGUCGGUGAUGGGGCGAUCGGCAACAUGCUGA